GCAGGAUGAAGGUGUGUAUUGCAAGGGGACAAGAUCCAGCAGAGUAGUAUUCAUCAUAACUUCAUAAGGCGUGUCAUAAUAAAAGCUUUCCCUGUAUUGGAAGUAAAUUACAAGGAUCAUAUGGCAUGCCAUUGGUGCCAAAAUUAUGAUGCAAAUUUUUAAUAUAAAAUUUGUUUUUUCACAUUUUUUUCCUAUUUUGGGGUACACAUUGUCUUUUAGUUUGCACAGACUUCCUUUUUGGGUUGAUUUUUCUUUAUUAGACUUGACAUUGGGUUGGUAUAGUUUUCAGUUUUGGUCAGCUUUUUAUAAUGUGUAGACUUUUCAUUCGGGUGAACUUUUCAUUGUCAUUGCAUCAAUUCAAGUCACGCAAUACUGGUGACAUCUCCUAAGGGAUCAUGGGAAAUGCAUUUCCUGUGCUGCCAGUCUGUUGUUUAUGCACUGCCAUAAAAAAAUAGCAGGGCAGACUGUGCAUACCUACCCUCCCAACCAUGGGGUAAAACAUUGACAGCCACCACAUUUUUGGGGGGAUCAUUUAAAUCAAUCUAGAAAUGGGGUGAAAUUCAACUCCCUGCAGAAAAAUGAAGAAUGAACAUCUUUCAGCUGGAACCAACAAGUAAAAACAGCCAAAGGUAUAUUAAAUAUACCUUUGGCUAUUACUAACCUUGUCUGUUAGAUGUUAAAUUAUGCAACACACAAAUUUUCAUUAUGUAACAUUACUUUACUUGUGACUGUCUCUGCAUAGCUGUUCAGUCUUCAAUAAAAUUGCCUUUAUUGAGUUAUUUUUAUUACUUUGUGAAAAGGCAAAGAAAUAAGCAUUACAUGAUAUAUUCAGUUUAUUCAGCAGCAGCCUGACUUCAAGGUCGUGAAUACUCUGAGCCACAAAAAGAGAGGGGGGGUUGUGCAUUGGCUAAUAGCAAUUUACAUGUAUUAUUGUGGUUGUGACAUAACCUGCAUUUGCACUGCUAUUUAAAAUAAUGCUAGUACAUAUUAAGAUUUCGUUUGUUAUUGCAGGUGAAGUACCAUUACACAUAGAUGACAAUGGAGAAGAACCACAGCCUGGUCCAUCUAGACAAACAACAGAGGAGGAAACCCUGCAACAACUAAUGGAGAUGUUUCCGGACAAAAGUCGAGAUGACUUGGUGCGAGCCCUCAGUCUACACGGGACUGUUGGUGCUGUGGCUCUUUCUCUUUCCAGUAAUUUACCUGAAGAUGAUUUUAGCAGUGAUGAUGACAGCCUGUUACAGCCUUCUUUUCCCCCUUCAAAAGAGAAAAUAGAUUCCUUGCAGUCAUUGUUAAAGGAGCUUGGGAAGAAUAUGAGUGAAGAGAGAGUAAAAGUAAAAAUUGAGGAGGAGGACAUACUGAACGAUGCAUUGGCCCAUGACAAAAGUCCUGAGUUUGAUGUUAAGAAGAAGCUAAGAAUCCAGUUUAAAGGCCAACCAGCAGUGGACACAGGUGGUGUUACAAGAGAAUUUUACACAAAGUUGUUCCAAGUCAUUUGCAAGAUGUUCUUUCAAGGCUGCUAA